AUGAGUAAAAUCGUUGUUUACUACCAGCAGCACUGGCUACCUGACUUUGAGGGGCUGGAGUCCACAAAUCUCUUUAACAUAAGGAGUUGCAGGGAGAUUGAGGUUGUAUUGGAGCCACAGAUACUAACUAUAUGCUUACUGAGGAGGAUGUAUAUGCUUAAAAUGGCCUUUAAGCCAUGUUUGUAUGAUUCAUUCUAUGACGGAGUACUACCAGCAUCAAUAGCAGCAAACACUAUUGAUGCGGUCAGUGCCAGUAACAGUGCAAGCUUCACUAGCCUAAUUGACACGAGCAGCAGUGUUAAUUUUGGCACUAUUUACGACUCUACAGUGUCGUCAACUAACGGAAUCGUACUGAGGAAUGAACAGCUAAUAAGGUACCUGGUAACACUGGUUAAUUUGGGGAUUAAGUUGAAUUCGACGCAGCUACAAAGUGACUUCUUUCAGCACUAUCCAAUCAUAAAUCGCAAUAGGUAUAGCAAGGUGUUGUUGCUAUCUUACAUUUAUAGUCACCUGAGGCACUGUGUUCUAUACUUGAUUUGGCUACAUCCGCUGAUUUCGACUUUCACGUUUAGCGUCACAGUAAACUCGGAGCCAGUGCCCUUUGCAUACUAUUCCUUCUUCAGGAAAAGAUGCCAAGUGAGGCAGGAGUGUGAUCAGCUUGGGUACUCUAGCGUAGACAAGGUUCUGAGGGACCUCAGAUUCAUUUUAGAGGGGGUCAGAGUGGCAAUAUCGCAGAAGUAUUACGAGGGUCACACCCUAAAGUACGUUGACGUCUGCUGGUUUGAGGGAUACGUGUUUUCAAAUCUGUCAGUUUUAUUCAGUCUGCCCUGUAAAGAUUUCGGUGAUUUGUUGUGUCUCCACAGGGACUUUGAAGAUUUGAAAAUGUACUGCAUCAACAUAAAUUCUAGGUACGAUGUGGUCUCCCUCAAGCCCCCUUUUCUUUGCGGAGACUCCAUGGCGAUUUCCGAAUUCAAAGGCACGCUUAUAUGGUACCUUUUUAAGAUUUUGUAG